UUUAUUUACGACGAAAAAGUUUCCUGGUGGGAGUCCUUAGUCUUAGUGCUGAUGUACGUCAUCUACAUCGCUAUCAUGAAGUACAACUCAAGCAUACACCACUGCUUUGAGAGGAAGACAAAAAACUCCACCAACAUGGUGAAUGGUUUAGCAAACAACACAGAGAUGGACGACAACAGCAACUGCGAUGCUACUGUGGUGUUACUAAAGAAAGGGAACUUCCACCGGAAAGCCUCGGUGAUCAUGGUGGAUGAGCUGCUGUCUGCCUACCCACACCAGCUUUCCUUUUCUGAGGCUGGGCUCCGGAUCAUGAUAACCAGCCACUUCCCUCCCAAAACACGCCUCUCCAUGGCCAGCCGCAUGUUAAUCAAUGAGAGACAAAGGUUGAUCAACAGCAGGACUUACACCAACGGAGAGUCGGAAGUAGCUAUCAAAAUCCCUAUCAAGCACGUGUUGGAGAACGGAACAGGCCCCAGCAACUCAGCGGAGCGCAGUGUGAACGGCACGCGGCGGGACGAAGAUGUCGCUGAAGCUGGGAAUGAGACCGAGACUGAGGAUAACGAGAACAAUGAAAAUGAUGAGGAAGAGGAAGAAGAUGAUGACGACGAUGACCACGAAGGGCCAUACACACCUUUUGACCUACCCACUGGCAAGAUGGAAAUCUUGAAGUGGCUCUUCACGUGGCCAUUGAGUUUCGUCCUGUACUUCACGGUGCCCAACUGUAACAAACCCCACCUGGAAAAGUGGUUCAUGGUGACCUUUGCUUCUUCUACCCUCUGGAUUGCGGCUUUCUCCUACAUGAUGGUGUGGAUGGUGACAAUCAUUGGCUACACACUGGGCAUUCCAGAUGUGAUCAUGGGGAUCACUUUCCUGGCAGCUGGAACCAGUGUGCCAGACUGCAUGGCCAGCCUUAUUGUAGCAAGACAAGGUAUGGGGGAUAUGGCCGUGUCCAACUCCAUCGGCAGCAAUGUCUUUGACAUUUUAAUUGGCCUAGGCCUCCCAUGGGCUUUGCAGACUCUAGCAGUGAAUUAUGGAUCAUACGAUAAGGACUUCCCCUUCUUGUCCUUCCUGUGUUUAGAAGUGGUUCCCAGAAUUAUUUGCUCCAUCACCUUCCUAGGGAUCAAG